AUGGCUGCUGGACACAUUGCAAGAUAUAUUCGUCAUGCUCCAGCUAUAAAACCACACGUUCCAGCUUAUGUGAAAUGGAGUUCCAAACUUUUAGGUGCUACUAUGUGGUUUUGGAUUAUGUUGAGAAUUAAAGAAGAUGGGCCAGUUAUGUUUGGUCUCAAAUUACCAUUUGAACAUCAUUAG